UUUUUGAAAGGUAUUUCCUCUUUACGUGGUAUAUAUUCGAAUAAUAAUUAUAUUAAAAAAAACAAAUUUUGUAUUUAACAAACAUUUUUAAAAAAAACUUAUUGAUUGAAAAAAAUAUAAUUCUUUAGGAAGAAAAAAAUGGAACACCUUGACUGCCUCAGUAAAACUCGUAACUGGACCGAUACCGAUAUUAUCUCCUCUUAUAAAGAAACUUGCAAACAACUAGAUAUCUGUAAAGAAAAAUUACGUGAAGAACACGAACUACAGAAAGAAGAAUCUGCUUUACGCGCAGAAGAAAAGCAUUUAAUUCGUAUAAAGAACGCUUUAUGGAGACGUAUGGCCUCAUCACUUUGUAUCAGAAAAGAAACCAAACUUGUUUCUUCGAAAAGUUUAGAAUGUUCUAGUUCUUCUCUAUACCAAAGAAAAGAUGAACAACAAAGAAAAUAUCUCACCAAUGCAACCAAAACUCAUUCAUCAUCAUAUGUGCCACGAUAUAACCGUUCUCUCAAAAAUCGUAGAAUUCAACGUAAAAUAAGACAUGCAAGUACAAUCCGUUCGUAUAUAAAUUAUUUUAGGUACUUGCCAAGGCAAAAUAUAAACAACAAUCCAUCCGCAAAUCAACUGUUUAACGGAAUUAAUUUUUAUUGAGGAUGAUACUAUCGUUUUAUCGUUUUAAUUCAAAACCGUAAUUUAUGCAAAAUCUGUUUAAUGGCAAAACUCGAAUAAUCGUAUCUCAUAAUCGGCAAAAUUAUAAAGCGGCUAAAUAAUUUGUACUACAAAUUUACGAUUUAGUAUUUAUUAUUAUUUAUUUCGACUGUUUCAAAUUUUUUCUCGAAAAUAAUAUAAGAAAAGUUUUAUUCCGUAUUUAUUUUAUAUAUAUACAGUAUAUACACAUAUCUGAUAUAUAUAUAUAUUAUUUUUAUUAAUUCG